UCUCCAGUGUAGUGGCUUGCUGUUUGGAUCUAGCCUCCUUCCCCACAACCGGCCGGAAACCGGAAGGAGUUCUGGGCCCGCGAACCUGCAGCGGAAGUGGAAACGGCUGAAGUGUCUGGAGCUGAGAUGUGACCAGGGGAAAAGAACUAUGGCUAGCUAAGGAGGCCAUGCUUGAAGUUGCUUCCAGAUCUCAUGUCACCACCAAGCCCGCAGCUGCUGGUGGCAGCUGCUCAGCAGACCCUGGGCAUGGGAAAGAGAAAGAGUCCAUCCAGAGCCCUCUGCCUUCACUUAGCCGGAGAGUUACUAGCUGUGGCCCGGGGCCUGAAGCCAGCUGUGCUCUAUGAUUACAACUGUGCAGGAGCCUUGGCGCUCCAGAGUUAUCUGGAGGAACUGCAGAGGCUGGGUCUCCUCAUCCCAGGACUUCACAUUCUGGAGGUCGGAGAAGAUUGUCUCAUUGUCAGUCCUAAGCAUGCAUGUCAGCACUUGGAGCAGGUGCUGCUUGGCACUGCAGCAUUGGUGGAUGUUUCCACCUCCCAACCAUACCCUUCCCUCUGUUCCCCUGACCAGCUUCAAGAUGUGAAGGUUUUUGUGGCUGAGAUCACCAUGCAUUUGCAGGAGCUGCAGAGGGACCUAACUCUAGGAGUCUCUCCUAGCAGGCUCCAUUCCUCAGACUGGAAUCUCUGCACUGUAUUUGGGCUCCUUCUAGGCUAUCCUGUCUCAUAUACCUUUCACCUGAACCAGGGAAAUGAUAACUGCUUGGCCCUAACCCCACUACGGGUAUUCACUGCCCACAUCUCCUGGCUUCCAGGUCAGCCCCCAGUUUUGUUGUAUUCUUUUAGUAUUCCGGAGAGCUUGUUCCCAGCUUUGAGGCAUGUUCUAAAUGCUUGGGAGAAGGAACUCAGAACACGAUUCAGGACUCAGGAUGACUUUGCUGACCUCAGUAUCACCUCUGAAAUAGUCACACUGCCAGCGGUGGCCCUCUGACUUUAACUGUCUUGUAUAAAAGCUUUCACAGGUUUUUCAGAUCAUGCUGUCUUUGUUGGCCAGAAAUACUGCCAGUGCUGUAGCAAUCACCACCAUCAGCAUCGGGAGCCAUCGGCCACAUUGCCUCUAUGUGGAAGAAGAGGGAGACCAGAGAAAGCAACUAUGAGUUGCAGAAAAAAUGGGAACAAGUAAUCUUAUUGUAGCCCAGUGGAAAGCCUCAGUGGCAGCAAAGAAGCUGUUUUUUACUUUUGUACUGAUUUCUGUCAGCUACCUUGAGAUAAAACCAAUUUACUAGUGGUUGCUAGCCCAGGGAGCAUACAUAGGGACCAGGCAUUUAAAUGCUGAAGGGAGUAAUGAAGGGUAGAAAAGAAAUCAGCACAAUUUUAUUCUGUGGCUAGAUGCCUCAAUGCUUGUGCUGUCCUCCCUCAUGUUUGUCAUGUUCAAAAGAAUCACUGUUGAACUAGUACAGGUUGAGUAUUGUAUAUCUGAAUUGCUUGGGACUAGGAGUGUUUUAGGUUGUGGAGUUUCUCAAUUUUGUAAUAUUUAACAUAUACUGUGAAACCAGAAAUGCUUCAGAAAGGUUUUUUUUUUUUUU